AUGGACUAAAAUGUAACUUGCCGGCUUAUGCGAUUUAUUUACAAAUAAUGACUAAGGAGAGAUUUAUUUACUUGUUAAAAGACACAAGAUUGAACAAGGUUUCAUUCAUUGGAGAUAAUGGGUUCAAACUAACAAAAGAUAUCGCAAAAUUUGGUGUUAGAAACUUGAAAGGAGGACAUGCUAGGCGACCGGAAGUAGCUGGUGCAAAAAUGUAUGGUGAGCAAGAAGUGAUAAAAUAUAUAGCAAAUGAGCGUAACACUGCAAUACAACGGGAUAUGACCCUUUAUGCAUUGAAUCUUUUGAAAGUUCCGUCUGCAGGAAAUAAAAAAGAAAUGUUUCUUGAUAUCGGAUGUGGUAAUGGUGUUUCUUCACAAAUAAUUGAAUCAAAAGGGCGCAUGGUUAUUGGUGUAGACAUUAGUCAGAGUCUUCUUGCACAUGCUAAAUCGAAUACAUUAUUGAACGAUUUUGUACUAUUAGAUGUGUCUACAGGAGUAAAUUUUCGACCUGAAAUAUUCAAAAAUGUUAUAAGUAUUUCAGUUUUACAGUGGUUCAUAAAAGAACAUUAUUUACUUAAUCUUUUUCGGACUCUGCAGUUUAUUCUUGAUAAGAACGGCAAAGCAGUGUUUCAAUUGUACCCAAGAGUUGUUACAGAUCUGGAUUUAACUUUAUGUUGUGCUGAAAAAUUCUUUAACGGAUUUUUGGUCAGUGAUUUUCCAAGUGCCAAUAGAGGAGUGAAACUAUUUUUAUACUUGACAAAGAAUUCCAGAGGACUACCAUAGUUAAUGU